AUGACACUGAGCAGUGAUAACAGCAACGCCAGCGUGGAUGAAGAUGGUGCAGGCCUCUCUUCGUGCCCCCCCUCCGUGCUGUCCCCUCAGAGGAAUUUCCAUCGCGUGGUGCUAUCUGAUGGCGGCAGGCCGCUCGUUACCUGUAUCUUGCUCGAUAUGUUUCAGAAUGAUGGAGAUUCCACCAUCGAAUUGGGCAACAUUACCUCCACAAUGUACGCUAUUCAGAAUGCAGAUGAUGUGUUGAUUACACCCUUGGAAAAAUUCCGGAAGGAGCAAAUCGGUGCUGCGAAGGAGGGGAAAAAGAAAUUCGAUAAGGAAACAGAGAAAUACUACUCCACGCUUGAGAGACACCUCAACUUAUCAUCCAAGAAGAAGGAAACAUAUCUGCAGGAGGCUGACACGCAGAUUGAUAAGGAAAGACAACUCUUCUACGAUGCGUCCCUUGAGUAUGUUUUCAAAAUCCAAGAAGUCCAAGAGAAGAAGAAAUUUGAGUUUGUCGAGCCGCUCCUGGCCUUCCUUCAGGGUCUGUUUACGUUCUACCAUGAAGGAUACGAGCUGGCUCACGAGUUUGAGCCGUACAAACAACAGCUCCAGUUCAACCUACAGAAUACAAGAAACAACUUUCUGAGCACUAAGCAGGAAGUGGAGAAGCUGAUGAAGAGGAUAAGGUCUGCAGAUCAGGACUAUAAACCCCCCGGCCAGUGGACGAUGGAAGGCUUCCUGUACGUCCAGGAGAAACGUCCCCUGGGAUGCACUUGGACUCGUCACUACUGCACGUAUGAGAAAAGCAGCAAGAACUUCAGCAUGAGCAACAAUGAAAAUAAAUCCAGCGGGAAACAGAAUGGCAUGGUCGUGAACCAGCCUGAGAUGUUUAAGCUCAAGUCCUGCAUUCGGAGGAAAACGGACUCCAUCGAUAAGCGCUUCUGCUUUGAUAUCGAAGUGAUGGAGAGAAAUGACAUCUAUCGUGGAACUCUUUUCAGGCCACUUCAGUUUUUCUGUAAAGUCCGGCAUGGCGUGAUAACACUGCAGGCACAGUCAGAAUCCAACAGAAGAUUGUGGCUGGAGGCCAUGGAUGGCAAGGAGCCGAUCUACAACCUGCCUGCCAUAUUAAGCAAAAAGGAAGAGACGUUUCUUAAUGAGGCAGGCUUUAACUUCGUAAGGAAAUGCAUUGACCUGGUGGAGGAUAGAGGAAUAAAUACAAUGGGACUGUAUAGGAUUGGAGGGGUCAACUCCAAAGUGCAGAAGCUGAUGACAACAGUGUUUUCAACCAAGGCACCUGUUGAUAUGGAGCUGGAUCCAGAGACGUGGGACAACAAAACGAUCACCAGCGGCCUGAAGAACUACCUGAGGUGUCUCUGUGAGCCUCUAAUGACCUUCAAGCUCCACAAAGACUUUAUCUUGGCUGUCAAGUCAGAUGACCAGAACUACAGGGUGUGUGCCGUCCAUGCUUUGGUUCAUAAGCUGCCCGAGAGGAACAAGGAAAUGCUGGAGCUGCUAAUAAAACACCUCGUCACAGUUUCCGCUCAAAGCCAGUUCAACCUGAUGACGGUUUCUAACCUGGGUGUCAUCUUUGGGCCCACCCUGAUGCGCUCCCAAGAGGAAACCGUGGCCGCCAUGAUGAACAUCAAGUUUCAGAACAUUGUGAUGGAAAUACUUAUCGAGAACUUCAACAAGAUCUUCCACCAGCCUCCGGACCCCAACGUGCCCCUGCCCCAGCCCCAGAGCCGGCCGGACCCUCGCAGGAGCCGGGCCAUCUGUCUGUCCACGGGGCCCCGGAAGCCCCGCAGCCUCUACACCCCGACACUGUGCCUGGCAGAUGUAGAAAGCCCCUGCAUAGGUGACACUUUCAGCAGCAGUCCAAGCAGCACCCCCAUGGGCAGCACCGAGUCUUUGUCCUCUCACUCCUCGGAGCAGAACAGCUCCUCCAAGACCGCUUCCUCGGCUCAGGCCAAAGACAAGUCUCUGCUGGACCUGCGCAGAACGCCAUCGCUGCUCUCUAACGGCCCCAGGAGCGCCAUGUGGGUCAGCAGCCCCGAGUCCAGUUCCAGGGAGGAAGGGGGGCGGACAGACGGAGAGUCAGAGGACGCUCUCAGCCUGUCCUCCAUCAGCAUCGCACCCCGGCUGUCCCCUGCUCCCAAAAAAGCACCGCACUGCCGCAUUGACCUCAAGCCAGCCCUGCUGAACCGCUCUGCCGGCCCCUCUCUGAAAUCACUGCAUAUCGCUGAAGGCCACAGGAGCUGCUCUGGAUCCGUCCAAAGUCUGUCCACACUGGAGCCCAACGACACUUCAAAGCCCACCGAGCACCCGGACCUCCCCCCAAAACUAGUGAUGCGCUGCAGGCUAGACACCUCAGUCGGCAACGGCUACCAGAGACCUGGCUCAGUGGUGGCUGCCAGAGCACUGCUGUUUGAAAAUGCCUCAUCCCCACAGUCUGUUCCUGUGGGAAGGGACGCCAAGGCGAUGUAUUCCUGUGAGGCAGAGCACAGCCACGAGCUCAGCUUCCCCCAGGGGGCGCACUUCUCAAACGUGUAUGCCUCUAUUGAACCAGACUGGCUCCAAGCAACAUACGAGGGGAGAACAGGAUUAAUCCCUGAGAAUUAUGUCGUCUUCCUCUAACAAAGUCGGUAAACAUGGCAUCUUUUUCAUGGUAUCCAUGAAAAACACAACACACAAAGUGGCAGA